UCAGCCCGGAGGGUCCGUUAGUCCCCGUUAAAUCCUCCUGUCUGUCAUUUUAAACCGUUUAACCGACAGUCGGAGGCCGAGUCUGGCCGAAGCUUCUACACCGUUGCUCGGUGCCCGUCACAGCAUCAGACCGGUGUCAAGCUAACGGAAGUCCUCUUCUUCUUCUUUGGUGCCUAUUGGUGUUUGGAAAACUACGAAUCGGAGCACUAGCGCCACCAGGUGGUUUGAGCUGGUGGCGGUAAUGCUUCAGUGCUCCUCUUCUCUUCCUGUUUUCCUCGUUCCUCCAACUUCUCUCUGAAAUCAAACCUCCUCUCUGUCCUACUUCUCUAAUUCUCUCACUGUUUUUCUCGAUCUUCUAACUUCUUAACUUCUCUCUGAACUAAAACCUCUGUCUGUCUGUGAUCAGUAGUGGGUUAAGGGGUCAGGGUGGUUUUUUUCCAUCCAAUCAGGGAGCAGCUUUUCUCAGUAACUGACCUUCGAUCACUUUGCACUUUCACCUGCAGCGACAGAAAAUCACUAAUGAACAUCAAACAGGAUCUUUUUCAUCUUUUCACUCAUGAUGCAGGUUUUCCUGCCUCUUCUUUUUUCCCCUGCCGUCCUUGUGUGGGUCCAUCAGCUCGCUCCGGCUGAUGGCGGCCAUGUCCUGGUGUUUCCAGGUGAGUAUAGCCAUUGGUUGAACAUGCGGAACAUCAUGGACGAGCUGGUGAGGCGGAACCACUCCGUCACCGUUUUGGUUUCUGAAGCGUCGCCGUCCGUCGAUUACAACAACAGUCGCUAUAGUGCCAAGUUCAACUUCCUGGUUUACAAGGUUCCUUUUAGCAAAUCUGAGAUUCAUGGUUUCACUGAAGAGUUAAUUAACUUCUCCAUGUUCGAGUUCCAUCGUUCCUCGGUGCUGAAAAGGAUUUUGUGGAGUCAUGAUUGGAUGACGCGUUCCGUCGAUCUCAUGAUUCAUCAGUGUGACUCCAUGUUGAAGAACGAGCAGCUGAUGGCGACUCUGCGGGACUCUGCUUUCGAUGCUGUCCUGCUCGACCCAAUGGUUAUUUGCGGUGACCUGGUGGCCGACAUACUUGACCUGCCACUCAUCGUCUCGCUGCGUUUCUCAUUCGGUAGUGUCAUGGAGCGACACUGUGGCCACGCGCCAGCUCCUCCGUCAUACGUCCCUGUCGCUCCGCUGCCGUACAGUGACCGCAUGACGUUUUUGGAGAGACUGAUCAACACAGUGAUGUAUGUCUCUCUGUCUGUGAUCACGGAGGCGUUCUGGAGGCUAAAGGUGGAUAAGUACUACACCGAGGUCAAAGGAAGUCCCAGCAGCUAUUGUGGGACUCUCGGAAAAGCCGACAUGUGGUUCAUCAGGACUUUCUGGGACAUGGAGAUGCCACGGCCGAUCCCGCCAAACUUCAAAUAUGUGGGCGGUCUGCACUGCAAACCGGCCGAUCAGCUGCCAGCAGACAUGGAGGAGUUUGUGCAGAGUUCGGGUGAUGCUGGUGUGGUGGUGGUUUCCUUUGGCUCCAUGGUAACAAACUUCACGUCAGAAAGUGCUGAUGUCAUCGCUGCUGCCCUCGGAAAGAUCCCACAUAAAGUGAUUUGGAAAUACACCGGAAAAAGACCAACAACUCUGAUGUCAAACACAAAACUUUACGACUGGAUUCCUCAGAACGACCUGCUGGGUAACACA